CUAUUGUAUUCAAAGCGAGAGAGAGAGAGAGAGAGAGAGAGAGAGAGAGAGAGAGAGAGAGAGAGAGAGAGAGAGAGAGAGAGAGAGAGAGAGAGAGAGAGAGAGAGAGAGAGAGAGAGAGAGAGAGAGAGAGAGAGAGAGAGAGAGAGAGAGAGAGAGAGAGAGAGAGAGAAACAGAAAGGGGGGAGAUUGAAAGGGAGGUCGUUAAUACCUCUUCUAAAUCCUACAAUGUCACGACUGGCAGACACUGUAAAUGCUGACUGGGCAUUUGCGAGGAUUUGAGGGCGAGCGCAGUCCGAAGCGGCGGUGGGAGGUGAACUGGUUGCUGGAUUGGAUUUGUUACAUUUAAAAUUAACUCGCCAUUGCUGUUACAACAAACCGGAUCACAGGCGCUCAACAGCACGCAGUCUCCUAGAAGAUUCCUUGAGACGAGGGCUAUCAACCUCCUGCCGCCCACCAGGUUUCCGUGACAACGAUCUGAGCAUCUUCUGGAUGUGUGAGUGAAACCAACGCCAUGGCAACCCAGCACACCCAGAGUUCUGUCAAAGCAGAAGAGGACAGCGGUUCAGACAAAGAGCGCAGCGAAAUGAACGUGGCUUUUUCAACUUGCACAGCUGAAGAAGGCUGGCCCGGCUGCCCUGACCAAGACGGGUCACCUGACAAUACCCUUUCCCCAGAAUCUCCGGAGGUGAAACUUCCAGAAGGAUCUUUAGAGGAUUGCGUGAGCAUCACUCCGCAACGCUGUCUACCUGCUAGCACAGGCUGCCAGAACCCAACCUGCUCACAGGAGGGCGCUAGUGAGCCUCGAAGCCAUAGCCCAGAUGACAGCAAGGGUGAUGGUGCACCAGGCAUUCCGGUUCCAGGGGAAACACCAGCCACUGGAAACAGGGUUCCCCUUAAUGACCUUCCCAAAAUGGGUUUGGAAAUGAGUGAGGGGUCAACCGCCGUGUUGGAAGGGAAGAACUUAGAAGACAAAGGAAGAUCUGUUGAGGGGUGUUUGAAAACAGAUAAAGCAGAAGGAAACCAGAUUGAGAAUCUCUCAAAUCCCAUUCUCGGGCAGGCUGAUCAUAGCCUGGACAGCAUCACAGCGGAUUUGGAACUCACCAGAAUUUCAUGUAAAGAUGUAAAAGAAACUCAGCUCGGCCCUCUUCCUGAAGCUACACCUCCAGCCAAACUGGGUGCUCUGCGAGACUCCGGACACGGUGCAGUACCUCAGGAAGACCACAAGAGGGCGCUCCUUCCCCACUCAGCUUUGCAGCAGGAGCACAAGGAACAGGUGCCUGCAGAGCCGCCACCCCUAGCAACAGUUGUCCCGGAGCUGGCCAAUGAGAGUUCCCUCGGGGAGCUCAGCGUGCUGGAGAGUGGAGAGGGGGAAGGGCUACAGGAAGGUGGAUUAGCAGGUGGAGCUAAGCAGGGAGCAGCCUGGGAGGGAGACGCUGAGACAGAGAAGGAUAUGAGGCUGGGAUCACAGCGCCCAGGAGACAGUCUGCUUCUUCCAGACACGCGAGAGGAGGCUGCUGAGGCUCCUAAUCAACCCAGCAGAAGCAGAAUGGAAGUGGAAAACGGAGACAGCGCCUCCGACAACAUGAGUGACAGCGGGGUGUCUGCCGAUUUCUCCCCCGGCAGCACGCUGGAACUUGAAGGCACCUUGGACCCUCCUCCUGCCAACGAGACUCCCAUUGAGAGGGGCAUCCGUCUGGCCCAGAAGCGGGAGGACAGCCUGAGAAGGGCCAGGGGGAUCUCCAGACCGUGUGUGUCUGAGGAGUACGUGGAGAUCCCAAUCAGGAAGCCUAUUUUGUCCAAGCCCUUGCCGAUGAACUCCAGCAAGGGAAAGGACAGGCAGUUCGCCGGGCUGCAGAUGAAGAAGCAGAUCCAGCUGGAAACCAAGAGGGAGGAAGACCUUGUGCAGCUGGGGAAGGUCCUGGGGGUCUACGACCGGGGGGCAUGGCAGGAACUCCAGGAGAAGAAGCUUCUCUUUGAGCAGUUCCAAGAGCCGGAGCAUCCUGUGUCUAAGAAGCUGUCUGCAUCCACUGACUUUCUGAACGCCAGCCCAGGGCAAAGCGUGCGAGAAAGGAGAAAAAGCUUAGAGACGCUGGCCCAGAAUCCCUCGGCUGAAGGUUCAAACGCUUCCUCCUGGAGCUCCUCAAACUCUUCAAGGUCUUCCAACGUCUCAGAGGCCCCCAGAGGCCCAUCUUUGGCUGAAGGCCCCAACGUCAUCAUCUUGGAGAACACAUUCCAGCUUCAUGCUGCCACACCGUCUUAUUCUCCCCAGCCGGUCCCCCCACCCACCCGGGCUAUCAAUUCCUCUCAAGGGGAGAAGGUCAUCAUCCUGGAUUCUGAAAACAUGUUCUCCAGGGGGAAUGCAUCCGACAAAGGGCCGGCUGUAAACGGAGACGCCUCACCCACGGAGAACCCCUUUUUCAAGCUUCGCGCAUCCAGGGAGCCCCAGACGCUGGUGGAGCAGGACAUCCUGGCAGCCAGGCAGAGGGAGCAGGAGCUGCACAGGCAGAGGUACAGCCUGUAUGGGAAUGAGGGGAACCAGGAGAGCGGCAAACCCAGGAUUGCAAGCACCAACGGAGGACACGUUUCAAGAAGCUCCCCCACUCCAUCAGAACGCCUGGCUCAAGGGAAACUGGACGUGACCUGGCCCCCUCGACAGACCACCACAAAACCCAGUGACCAGUCCGAGACUCACAGAAGCUCCCGUACACCUGGGCAGAAGAUCGCUCUGCUGCAGCGCUGGGAGGCUGGACUGGUGAACGGACACCGAGACGAUGAUGAGUGACCAGUGGACAGAGGGACGCCAUCACACCAUGCUGGAACUGACCAGAGAGACCGUGAGCUGCCUUCACAGCCAGGACUGAAUGAACUGAAAACUCUCGGCACACAAAACUGAAGACCACACUGUCCACAGCUGAGCGAUGCUUUCAAACGCUUUCCUUUAAGAGCGCCCCAAUAAUACUGCACACAAAUAAAGGGUGAUUGUGAAAUGAGCUGGCCAGCAGACAAGCGCAUGUAUUGAUGAAAGGAAUGUACGACUUGCAGGAUCCAGUUAAUCACUGUACAAUGCUUGUCUAGAAUUGCCCUGAUGUUGACCACAGAGUGUCUAUGUUUUAUAACUCAAGAGUUGUUCAUUAUGUGUGUGGCUCCUUUUCAAAUUGUAGGCUUUCUGUUUUAAAUGCUAAAUCGUCCAUGUGUUCCACAUAUAUCAACCUGCAUCUCAGGAUCCCUGUGUAGUUAAGAGUUUACUAUAUCAAUAUACUUUAAAUCAAGCAAUCAAAGAAACUGCAAAAGUCUACCGGAAGCCAUAAUAGUAGUACAGUAUUUCAUGUUAGAUUUUGAAAUGGCACAUUUUUCAAUUUGUCAAUUCAAUAUGUUAACGUAAUUCAGCAGGUUUCAUUGGACUUCAUGAAGCAAAAUUAGUUAAUUCUAUAGGGUGAUACAAAACUUUUGCCCAUAACUGUCCUUAACAAGUUAAAAGAACGAGGCGCACCAUUUUUAUUUUGUAUUAUUAUUAUUAUUAUUAUUAUUAUUAUUAUUAUUAUUAUUGAAACAGUCUAGAAGGCUGGAGAUUGAAGUUUCCUGGUGAUUUUUUUACCACUUCCUGUUCUGCAGGUCACGCUCACCCUGACUCAGAGUGGAGUUUACCUACAGCACAAGAAGUGAUAAGGAAGAAGGCAGUGCAGUAUACCCGCGCAAACGGCCCACGUGCUAAUCCACAAGCUGCAAGGGGCCGUGUGUUUAUUUACGGGGCUGUUUCAAAAAAUAGAAAAUCUAUUCUAGUAUUUUAUGAUUUUUUUUUUUUCUGUUGCACAUUGUCAUGCUGUUGCACAGCACUGUGAUGCAAAUGUACAUAUGAAGAUGUUCACUGUCAUGUUGUAUUGAAGAGUUAUGCUUGAACACAGACCAUGCGUCUACUGAGUAGGAGUUUAAACUGUAAAUCUAGACUGUUUUGCACCGGUGCAGAUCGUUUGUAAAUGCUGGAAGAGUCAUUUUUGGUGUGCUUGCUCUCCACAGAUAUUAAUGAUUUGGAUCUGCGCAUGUUUUAGCUGUAAGCGCUAGUGUGAUCGUUAUCUAGUUAUACAAAUACUCCUUUGCACUUUAGCCGUUUCAAAUGAAAAAUUAUUUUUUGUUUUUAGAUCGACUUUAUUUUUAUGAAAUAAGCACCCAUAUUGCCUGAUUUAUUAUUAUUUUUUGAUAUGUACACGUUUUUUUUUUGUUUUUUUUUUAAUGAAGUAAAUA